GGGUCAUCACCUCCCAACAAGAUUUUUCGAGAUAAAUGACGGCUCAGGUGAAGGUAAAUAUCAUAACAAACGUGGAUGUGGAAGACCCUGGUACAGGGACAGAGAGAGACCUUUUGUAGCUGACUUACCAACAGGACCCCGAGCUAUCGGAGUUGUGCCUCCAAUACUUCCUCGUCGAGUUCGGUCACCACCACGUGAACAACGUUCAGAAAGAUCGCCACCUCAUUUCCAAACAGAUGACCCUCGGAAGUCUGACCGACACGAGGAGCGGCCAUUGGCCGGUCCCUCACGGCCUUAUUUUUUUGAUCGAGCAUUUGUAGAACAAGAGCGCCAACGUGGGGGAGACAGAGGAGUGAUGCGUUACGUCUCGUCUUGCCUGGUGAUCGUUCUUUGCUGACUCUCCGUCUUUUGUUCACAGCGACGAGAAGCGUUCACGCCACGUCUACGGUUGUGUCGAGAAGGAGCUACAGGCCAACUACCGCUUUGGCGAGUUCUGCUUUUUGUGUAACUCGUGGUUCGCCAGCCUCCUCGAGUGGACGAACCGCUGCCAGUCCCAUCUCGACGGCAAGGGACAGCUUCCGACACAGGCUUACGACAAGUCCAUCGCGUCCCCUGGCUACUGUCCCUUCUGUCUGGGUGACAAGCGUAAGGACGCUGCUGAUCGGGAUGCGCCACUUUAUCGAGCCCAGGGACUGGUGUGAUCACGUCAACGAGCAUAUCGAAAUCCUCCACGAGCAGGUCGCUACGCAUACGGGCGCAUAUCCGUUACG